UUUGUUUUGUUCACCUGCUCACCUGUGCUGCUGAUCUUCAGGGUCGCGGGUGGCUGGAGCCGAUCCCAGCUGCUGUGGGCGAGGGCGGGGUACACCCUGGACAGGUUAAAUCAAGACAUAGGCUACAAAAACUCAGUGGCAGUCAUCACACCCUGCUGUUCUGACUUAAUUACAUUACUUCAAGAAACUGGUCAAGCUUCAUUCCAACAUGAACAUUGACCAAAUAAGGAAGAAUUUGAUCUUUCUGCAGCCAGACGAGGAGGAGGACCUUUUCCUAAAGACACUUUCUUUCAGAUCAAUUCGUCAUGAAUUACUUGACCUCAGACUCAAACUGAUGAAACUACAACCGAAGGAGACUCCCAGUCAGAAGUUGAUGAAGGAAGCAGAGGUAAAGUGCAGGAAUCCAACCAUUCUGAAGUGGCUCAGAGACAACUCACAGUCUGAAGACUUCUCCAGUCUUGUGGAAAUGUUUAUUUUCUUGAAAGAGAAGAUUGAAGUGGAGGAGAAAAAGGACCACAGCAACACCGUGGACAUUACAUUUAUUGCUCAUGGAUCCAUAGAAGAUGUGAUGAUUCCAGCCUGCUGUCUGCUGCCUUUGCCCUCCAUCAUGGACGUGGUCCUGUAUGCUCCCUGGAACUCCCUCUCUGCCGGUGAAGGGUACGCCAUGGCCACAGGAAGACUCAAACCCCACCACAGAGUUUUUGUCUCUAAGACAGACAGAAGCCGUAAAAUUCCUGCUCCUGACAAACUCCCCAACCACUGGAACUCCAUGAAGGCAGCAGGAGAACAGAAGAUCCCCAACAUCAGAGUCUAUCCUCUGAGGUCUGAUGACGGAGUGUGGAAACGAUACCAAAGUCUGCAGGAAAAACACGGCCCACCAGGAAGAAACCGCAUCGUGAUUCCCUUCAUCUUCCCAAAGACCAUUGGAAGCGUCCCGUUCUCUGUGGUCAGCCUCGCUCUGUCUCUGGUGCUGUACUCCUCCAGAUUCACAGCCACCGUCCACUUAAGUUGCUGCCUUGGCGAUCAGUCCAGGGGUCAGAAGUUUGAUCCAGAGUACCUGAGGAGGCAGUAUGCGUAUGCCAGCGAUAAUGUCAUCAUGAAGGUUUCCAACGACGCUUACACUGAAUCCUGACCGGACCUUUUCAGACGCUGGGUUGGAUAAAACUCAAAGUUUCACAUCCCUGAACUGUAGAUUCUUCUGUCUGACUCUCAGCUGGACUGAAACAGAAGAUUAUUUUACUCUACUGACCUUUUCAUUUUUUCCUGUCUUUUUCAUUGUUGUUUUUGUUGGUUAAUUUUUCAUGUACGUUGAAUUAUGCUGUACUGGAAAAAAUGUGUUUAAUUUUUUGGAAAAUUGAUUUGGAAAUGAAAACAUUUAUGAUGAGUUUGAAUCAAGAACAGUUCUGCACUUUAAUUUAAUGCACUUCAUAAAAACAGUGUCACUGAUGGUGUAGAAGUUUCAGCGUUCUUACCUGUAAUGCUGCUCUGUGUUCCUCAAAUUGCCCAGUGGGGACAAAAAAAAAAAAACAUGAUUUGUUCACUUACUCGACGUUUUCCCGUGGUAAACGUUCCAACUCAGUCUUCUUGAAAACA